AUGGUCCUGAUCUGGCUCCUGGUGUUCAGUCUGCUCCAUCCCAGCGGGCAGGCGGCAUGGGCCCCCCGGGAGGCGGAGGCUGGGGCCCUCGAGGGCCGGCUCCGGAGGGAUGCUGGGGGCCGAGGCGGUGUCUACGAGCACCUCGGCGGAGCGCCUCGGCGCAGGAAACUCUAUUGCGCCACCAAGUACCACCUGCAGAUCCCCCCCAGCGGCCGGGUCAGCGGCAGCCUGGAGAACAGCGUCUACAGCAUCCUAGAAAUCACAGCCGUGGAGGUUGGAAUCGUGGCCAUAAAGGGACUGUUUUCCGGACGAUAUCUGGCAAUGAACAAACGGGGAAGACUUUAUGCCUCGGAGAAUUACAAUGCCGAGUGUGAGUUUGUGGAGCGACUGCACGAGCUGGGCUACAAUACCUAUGCCUCCCGUCUGUACAGAACAGCCCCCAGUGAGGCCGGGGCUAGGCGCAAAGCCAGUGCCGAGAGACUCUGGUAUGUCUCCAUCAAUGGGAAAGGCCGACCCAGGAGGGGCUUUAAAACCCGCCGCACCCAGAAGUCUUCUCUCUUCUUACCCCGAGUCCUGGAUAACAAAGAUCACGAGAUGGUCCGACUCUUCCAUUCCAGCCUCCGGUACAGGGAGAGCCUCCGGAAGCCAGUGGACAGAAACGAGAGAAAGAGGAGACAGGGACAUUUGCCAGUUCUGGAAGCCAGCGCGACGGACCUACCCGAGGUUCCCUCUAUGCAAGCAUCAACCCCUCCUGGGACAUUCUGA